AUGCCCGGUAUCCUACAGGAAAGUUUUAUACAAUCACUACCAUCUAAAAUUUAUUAUAGACAAAAUUUUGAGUCAAAUAAUAAUUAUUGCUUUGCGUUUGAAGAUAAUAGUGAAUUUUCAAAAAAAAAGGCUCAAUUAAAUAAUUAUGAAAAAAUUAAAAGUGUUCAAGAUAAGCUUGCGAGGGCUUUAUGUUAUGUAGCUUUUACUUCAGAUGGCAAUGAUUGUAAAGAACAGUGUCGUAAUUUGUACUAUUGGUUAGGCAAUGAAUUAUUAUUAAGUAAAUUAGAGGAAAAUUCAUUUUCUAAAGUUAUUGGAAUACUCAAUGAUAUUUCAAAUAUUCUUUAUAAGCCUGGUAAAUGCAAAUGUACUUUUUUUAAAGAAACUAAUAUGGAGACGUUUGAAAAAAUGAAGACUGCUUUUGAUUAUUGCAAAGAUCACGUUUACAUUAAGAGUACACUGGAAAAUCAUAAUAAUAUGUGUAACAAUGAAUUUAGUGCUUAUCUUGUUAAUGCUGAUAAUACUUAUAAUGAACUGUAUGACUGUGCAAAAACAAAAUUUGUUACGUAUAUUAUGCAACUAAAAAAUCAUAUUCCCAGUUGUUUUAAUGAAAAGUUAUCUCGUUUGACAUGCAUAAUUAAUAAAGUUUCCGCAGAAGAACAAGAUUCAAGUCCAUAUAAUACUGCUAAUAUUGACCAAGAAUUUGUAAUUAAUCCAUCAACCUUUGGUUCUUCUCAAAUUAUCCUGUACAUUGUUAUACCUUUUAUUGUAAUAUUCUUCUUUGGCUUCCUCUUGUAUAAAUUUACUCCAAUUUGGUCGUGGAUGAAUACUCGAAUAUUAAAGAAAAAAUCAAGUAGACGUAAUUUGGAAGAUACAGAUACACUAGAAUUAACAGAAUACAUGUAUGAACAAAGAAAAUCAAAUUUGGAUAGAAGACAGUUAAAUGUAGCGUAUUAUGCUACAUGA